GUGGGCACCCUUGAUGUCGUGUUGGACUCCAGCGCCCGGGUUGCUCCUUACCGAAUCCUGUACCAGACGCCAGACUCUCUGGUCUAUUGGACCAUUGCCUGUGGUGGUUCCAGGAAAGAAAUCACUGAACACUGGGAAUGGCUUGAGCAGAAUCUACUGCAGACGCUCUCCAUCUUUGAAAAUGAGAACGAUAUCACCACAUUUGUCAGAGGAAAGAUACAGGGCAUUAUUGCAGAGUAUAACAAAAUCAAUGAUGUAAAGGAAGAUGAUGACACAGAGAAGUUUAAAGAAGCCAUUGUGAAAUUCCAUAGGCUCUUUGGGAUGCCCGAGGAAGAGAAACUCGUCAACUAUUACUCUUGCAGCUACUGGAAGGGAAAGGUCCCCCGUCAGGGUUGGAUGUACCUCAGUAUUAACCACCUUUGCUUUUAUUCUUUUCUUAUGGGAAGGGAAGCCAAACUGGUAAUCCGGUGGGUGGACAUCACUCAGCUUGAGAAGAACGCCACGCUGCUUCUGCCUGAUGCCAUCAAAGUGAGCACACGGUCCAGUGAGCAUUUCUUCUCCGUGUUCCUCAGCAUCAACGAGACCUUCAAGUUAAUGGAGCAGCUUGCCAACAUAGCCAUGAGGCAACUCUUAGACAAUGAGGGAUUUGAACAAGAUAGAUCCCUGCCCAAGCUGAAAAAGAAAUCACCUAAAAAAGUGUCUGCUCUUAAACGAGAUCUUGAUGCCAGGGCAAAGAGUGAGAGAUACCGUGCACUUUUCCGGCUGCCCAAAGAUGAAAAAUUAGAUGGCCACACAGACUGCACCCUCUGGACUCCAUUUAACAAAAUGCACAUUUUGGGGCAGAUGUUUGUGUCCACAAAUUACAUCUGCUUUACCAGCAAAGAGGAGAACUUAUGCAGCCUCAUUAUCCCACUCCGUGAGGUGACAAUUGUAGAAAAGGCGGAUAGCUCCAGUGUACUCCCAAGUCCUUUAUCCAUCAGCACUAGGAACAGGAUGACCUUUCUAUUUGCCAAUUUGAAAGAUAGAGACUUUCUAGUGCAGAGGAUCUCAGACUUCCUGCAACAGACAACUUCCAAAAUAUACUCUGACAAAGAGUUUGCAGGAAGCUACAACAGUUCAGAUGAUGAGGUGUAUUCUCGGCCCAGCAGCCUUGUGUCCUCCAGCCCCCAGAGAAGCACGAGCUCCGAGGCUGAUGGAGAGCGCCAGUUUAACCUGAAUGGAAACAGCGCUCCCACAGCCACGCAGACCCUUAUGACCAUGUAUCGGCGGCGGUCUCCUGAGGAAUUCAACCCAAAACUGGCCAAAGAGUUUUUGAAAGAGCAAGCCUGGAAGAUCCACUUUGCCGAGUAUGGGCAAGGGAUCUGCAUGUACCGCACAGAAAAAACACGAGAGCUGGUGCUGAAGGGCAUCCCGGAGAGCAUGCGGGGGGAGCUCUGGCUGCUGCUCUCAGGUGCGCUUGUGGACCAAGGUGUCUUCGAGGAAUUAGCAAGAGACUAUGUCCCACAGCUGUAUGACUGCAUGCAGGACCUGGGUGUGAUUUCUACCAUCUCCCUGUCUUGGUUCCUCACACUAUUUCUCAGUGUGAUGCCCUUUGAGAGUGCAGUUGUGGUUGUGGACUGUUUCUUCUAUGAAGGAAUCAAAGUGAUUUUUCAGUUGGCCCUAGCUGUGCUGGAUGCAAACGUGGACAAACUGUUGAACUGCAAGGAUGAUGGGGAGGCCAUGACUGUUUUGGGAAGGUACUUAGACAGUGUGACCAAUAAGGACAGCACGUUGCCUCCCAUCCCUCACCUGCACUCCCUGCUAAGCGAUGACGUGGAGCCUUACCCCGAGGUAGACAUCUUCAGGCUCAUCAGAACUUCCUAUGAGAAAUUUGGAACUAUCCGAGCAGAUUUGAUUGAACAGAUGAGAUUCAAACAGAGACUGAAAGUGAUCCAAACACUGGAGGACACUACAAAACGGAACGUGGUACGAACCAUUGUGACAGAAACUUCCUUUACCAUUGAUGAGCUAGAGGAACUUUAUGCUCUUUUCAAGGCCGAGCACCUAACCAGCUGCUACUGGGGCGGGAGCAGCAACGCACUGGACCGCCACGACCCCAGCCUGCCUUACCUGGAACAGUAUCGCAUUGACUUUGAGCAGUUCAAGGGGAUGUUUGCUCUUCUCUUUCCCUGGGCGUGUGGAACGCACUCCGACGUGCUGGCCUCCCGCUUGUUCCAGUUAUUAGACGAAAAUGGAGACUCUCUGAUUAACUUCCGGGAGUUUGUCUCUGGGCUAAGUGCCGCAUGCCAUGGGGAUCUCACAGAGAAACUCAAACUCCUGUACAAGAUGCAUGUCUUGCCUGAGCCAUCCUCUGAUCAAGAUGAGCCAGAUUCUGCUUUUGAAGCAACCCAAUACUUCUUUGAAGAUAUCACCCCAGAAUGCACUCAUGUUGUUGGACUGGAUAGCAGAAGCAGACAGAGUGCAGACGAUGGCUUUGUUACAGUGAGUCUAAAGCCGGAUAAAGGGAAGAGGCUGAAUUCUCAAGAAAAUCGUAACUAUCUGAGAUUCUGGACUCCAGAAAGGUCUUCCAGGUCGAAGAAUGCAAAGGAUUUACCCAAAUUGAAUCAGGGGCAGUUUAUUGAACUGUGUAAGACCAUGUAUAACAUGUUCAGCGAGGACCCGAACGAGCAGGAGCUGUACCACGCCACGGCGGCGGUGACCAGCCUCCUGCUGGAGAUCGGGGAGGUCGGCAAGCUCUUCAUCGCGCCGCCUGCCAAGGAGGCCGGGGGUGCGGGCAGCGGGCCCGCCUGCAGCCCGGCCAUCCCGGGUGUGCUCUUCCCCAAGAAAGGGCCCGGCCAGCCUUACGUGCUGGAGUCCACUGAGCCCCUCCCGGCCAGCCUGGCGGCCGACAGCGAGGAACACUCCCUCGGAGGACAGAUGGAGGACAUUAAGCUGGAGGACUCCUCGCCCCGGGACAACGGGCACUGCUCCUCCAUGCUCAUCUCCGACGAUGACACCAAGGACGACAGCUCCAUGUCCUCGUACUCGGUGCUGAGCGCCGGCUCCCACGAGGAGGACAAGCUGCACUGCGAGGACAUUGGGGAGGACACAGUCCUGGUGCGCAGCGGCCAGGGCACGGCGGCGCUGCCCCGGAGCACCAGCCUGGACCGGGACUGGGCCAUCACCUUCGAGCAGUUCCUGGCCUCCCUCUUAACCGAGCCAGCGCUGGUCAAGUACUUUGACAAGCCCGUGUGCAUGAUGGCCAGGAUCACCAGUGCAAAAAACAUCCGCAUGAUGGGCAAGCCCCUCACCUCGGCCAGUGACUACGAAAUCUCAGCCAUGUCGGGCUGAUACAGGCGCCUUCCCUGGGGAGGGGCGGGGGAGGGGAGGGACUUUUUUAUGUUCUGUGUUGGGGUUUCUUUCUUUCUUUUAAAUUAAAUAUUUAUUAGUACCUGGCUUGAAGCCUAGUGUUUUCAUAAUGUAAUACAAUGAAAUCUGUUGGAGAAAUAUUUGAACACCUCCAUGUAGGUGCAGUACACUCUUGUCGGGGGUGGGGGAUUGACCAAAAUACAGUUUAUUCAGUGAAUUCCAAAAAAAAAAAAAGAUGAAUCUGUCAGUGAUAUAUAUGUAUUAUGACAUUAAUCUUGCUGUUGAGCUGUACACGUGGUUUAAAAAAUAAUGCGAAAUAAGGCAGCAGUCAUUUGUGUAUUCAGGCUUUCUAAAUAAAAUUAAGGAAAACGAAAUGCACAAAUACAAGACUGUUCUUAACUAGGACAGGCAUUGUCAGCUGGGGUAAAUCCUACACCACUUUAGGAAGUCUUAAAAAUAUUUUUUAAGAUUUGAAGUAUUUUUCUUAAAAGUCCUCUAUUCAAAAAUCAUUUGAUAGAUGUUUCAAGGGGAAAACAUCUGGGGUUCUAAACAGUUACGAAAGCAUAAGUGAUUUUUACAUGACAUCAGAAUAACACUUGUAUUUGACCAGUUUGGACAGAUACCAGACCAAUUUUGCAUUAAAAAGAAUUGUUCUGAUUAUUUAUCUCAGCUGACCAGAAUUCAGUGAAAAUUAACAGUCUUUUGUUACAGAGAAUCUGAGAGUGGUGGCAAAGGUGAUAGAGGGCUCAGGAUGGGUUUUUGGUUUUGUUUUUGUUUUAAAAGAGUAAAAGUACCAGUGCUUCUGAUAUUGGAUUUUCAGCUUCUCGUUACUCAUUGCAAAUAAGGGAAAAAAUGAUAAACUUUAUCAUUUCCAUACUCUCCAUAGAUUCAAAAAAUUAUACCAUGUAUGACAUAUACCAUCUUUCCAUUAAAUCAAUGUAGAGAUCAUGUAAACUGAAAAAAAAAAUCUGCAAGAUAAUGUAACUGAAUGUUUUAAAACAGAACUUGUCACUUUAUAUAACAGAAUAGUAUGCUCUAUCUAUUUCCUAAAUGGAUGUAGAAAUGAAAACUAGCGCACCUGCACUUUGAAAUUCUUGCUUCUUUUUUUAUUACUAUUAUGGUUUUGUUUUUUACAGAUGUUGAGAGAUUUUUUCUUCUUAUUGUUGAAUUCAUAAGUGUGGUCACAUUUCCUUCGCUGAUUUGAAAUAUUCCUUUCAACACAUUCCUUUAUUUUAUUAUAUGUUGUGUCCUUAUUUUAGCUAUUGCUGUAGUUGUUUUUUAUUUUGUUACAUAAUGAUUUUUAAACUGUCAAAUGAAGUAGUGUUAACCUCAAAUAGGAUAAAUGUGAACAAAUAAAAUACAUCAGAUACUCAGAUACA